CCAGCCCGCCCGAGCCCGACCGCCCACCCCCAAGUUCCCGGUUGCCUCGCCUCCGCAGCCGAAGCUCCAUUCCCCCACGCCUCUUUCCUCCCCACACAGCCUUCUCCGCGGACGCCGCCAGCCCGAGCGGCGCCUCUGCUCGCCGGCGGCCCGCCCGAAUCUAGGGUUUUCACCGGCGCGGCGGCGGGGAGAAGGGUCGGGGGCGGGGGGGGCGCGAUGCUGCCGUGCGCGAGGUCGCUCGUGCUGCGCAGGAGGGCGGGGAUGGCCCUGCUGCGGCGCGGCUGCGCGGAGAGCGGGCUGCGCGGGAAGCGGGAGGAGGCCGCCAAUGCCAGGCGCGCGGGCACGCUGGCCGGGCUCGGCGGCCGCGGGCCGCUCGGACGGUGGGCCGAUCCGACGGGGCCGCCGCGCGGGGAGGCGGAGCGGACGGGUGGGGUGUGGCGCGCGGGCACGCAGGCGAGGUCGUUCCUCGGCUGCGGCGACGGGGAGGAGGGGAGCGUGCUCUCAAAGGUAUACGAGGAGAAGCGCGUCAUGGGGUACUCGCCGGAGCAGAUGUUCGCUGUGGUUGCUGCGGUAGACCUCUACGAGGAUUUUGUGCCGUGGUGUCAGAGGUCUAGGAUUAUCAGGCGACAUGAAAACGGUUCCUUUGAUGCUGAACUCGAAAUUGGAUUCAAGUUCCUUGUCGAGAGUUAUGUUUCUCAUGUGGAGAUGAAGAAGCCAAAAUAUAUCAAGACGACAGCAUCUGAAAGUGGACUUUUUGAUCAUUUGAUAAAUGUUUGGGAGUUCAAGCCUGGUCCUGUUCCUGGAACAUGUGACCUUUACUUCUUGGUUGAUUUUAAGUUUCAGUCACCACUAUAUCGUCAGGUUGCAUCCAUGUUCUUCAAGGAAGUUGUUUCCCGGCUAGUGAGUUCACUUAGUGAUCGUUGUUAUAGAAUUUACGGGCCUCCUGUUCCUGUGCUGGAAAAUACUUACGGACAAGGAAGAUAGACAAAAGAUAAUCCAAUUUUGAAGUAUGUACGCUCCAUGAAUACCUGAAUCGGCAAAUCUUCAUAGAUGAGUCUGCUUUGCCUUUGCUUUUGAUGUCACUGUACCCUUAGGGUACCAUUAGGCAAGAGGACUCGAACGAAAUCAGCCAGAAUUUUCACUUCUUGGCUAUUUCUGGUUUUUUUUUUCAUGUACGACUAAACGAUUUCAUGUGUAACAACAAAAGGCUUCCUAAAUACACGAUUGUUUUACCCAGUCAACGAAGCGAUCAUGUCUUCUUUGCUUUAAAUGUAUGACAUAUUUAUCCAUAAUUUUCGUCCUCGUUC